GAAGAUAGAAAUGAUUUAAGUUUAAAAUACAUGAAAGGUGGUAUUUAAAGAGAGUUAAAGAUACACUACAUUUAAGUUUAUUUAAGAAAAAAUCAUUGAAGUUUCUAAACAAUUGAAAGGUUAGUGCUUGAAGCUAUACAUUUUAACAUAGGAAUAUUUUAAGUUAAAUUUAAGAAAACCCUUAGUACAUACACAAAUUGAACAGUGACAUGGCCACGCAGAAAGACUGUGACACUGAAGCUAUGGAGCUGCAGCAAGAGGGGAGUCACGAAGAGAAGGUCUCAGAUACAAUCCUCUUGGAGGCAAGAAUAAGUCAAGCUGUUCCAGAAGAAGGCUUGAGGAAAAGUGUAAGGCAGAGAAAACUCACAGAGAAAGGCCAAGCGCUACAUGAAGAAAAGGUGAGUCGGCUUCAAGCUCGUUUCAAGGUCAGUUAUGACAAAUGGAAAACUGCUGCUAAACAGGCUAAAAGAGCACUUGGAGCACCUGAUGAACCAAGUCUGCACGAUCACAUUGUUGAAAUCCAACAUGCUUCAGGAGAAGUGAAGCAAGCCUACGAAGAGCUGCGAAGUUAUGAAACACCUGAUAGAGACACUCGUCGCAGAGUGGACACGUGUGACGCAGUUUCACAAAAAAUUAUAAAACAAGUUCAAAGAAAUACUGGUGCAAAGGAAGAUGAGAAAGAUAUAGAAAAAAGAUCAGCUCGUUGGAGUGAAGCUGGCUCUGUGUUCACUUCAACAACCUCUCAAAGUUUCACACGGUCGAGUAGUGUACAUUCAAGCCACUCGAGUAGGUUGUCUGUCAGAAGGCAAAAAGCAGCAGCAGAACUUGCAGCCAUGGAAGCUACUCUAAAGAUGAUGGAAGAAAUAGAGUGUGAAAGAGAGAAACCUGAAGAGCUUGAAUUUGAAAACAAAGAAAGGCUUGCAAAACAAGAAGCAAAGAAUGCUGAAGCCCAAAGAAUGUUAGAACGAAGGAAAAGAGAACUGGAACGUUUAGAAGCUGCAAAACAAAUGAAUGCUGCCAAAGCACGACUCAGAGUUUAUGAGCAAGAACUCAACUCAGAUGAAGAAAUAUCGGAUCUUCUGCAUGAUGUGGAAAAAUCAAGGACCAGAUCAGAUCCAGUAAACCAGUCUCAGCCUAAGCUGACACCUUCAAGACUUAAUCCAAGUGCACAACCAUUUACUAUGGCACAAGACAAUGCCUCACGUGCACAACCUACCAGCAAUGCCACACAGGAAGAUGGAGUAGCAGUACUGGCAAAGGUUUUAGCAGAGUCCAUUAACAUUAACCGAUUACCAGUUCCAGAACCUGCUGUUUUCAAUGGUGAUCCAAUCAAGUACAAGGAUUGGAAAAUUUCAUUUCAGUUGCUGAUUGAAAGAAAGAACAUCCCAGUGGGUGAAAAGAUCUACUACCUACGAAAGUAUGUUGGAGGUCCUGCAAGAAAGGCCAUCGAAGCUUACUUUCUACUGGGAACAGACACGGCAUAUCAGUCAGCUUGGAACAUUCUGGAGGAAAGAUAUGGAAGUUCAUUCAUAGUCGCUAAAGCCUUCAGAGAUAAGCUCUCAUCAUGGCCGAAAAUUGGAGCAAAAGACUGCGCUGAACUAAGAGAGUUCUCAGAUUUUCUCAGAGGUUGUGAAGCAGCAAUGUCUCAGAUAAAGAGUCUUGAGGUUCUAAAUGACUGUAGUGAGAACCAGAGAAUGCUCAAUAAGCUGCCUGAUUGGCUUACAGCAAGAUGGAAUAGGCAAGUCAUUCAGAUUGAAGAGGAGACAGGUUCAUUUCCAACCUUCAGCAACUUUGUUGACUUUGUCACAAGAGAAGCUAAAAUAGCAUAUAACCCAGUGACAUCGCUACAUGCACUCAAAGCAAAUGACUCGGAGAAAGUAAAAACUUUAAAAGCUCGAAGUGUCGGUGCUAAUGCAUUUGCAAGCAGCACAGAAGAGAGAACAGAAACAAACAAAUGUGUUUUCUGUGAAAGAUUAAAUCACAACAUUCAGACAUGUCGGAAGUUUAUGGAGAAAGCCAUAGCUGAAAGAGUGAAGUUUGUGAAAUUAAAAGGACUAUGUUUUGGAUGUCUCAGUUUUGGACACCAAUCCAAGAAAUGUGAAAGGAGAAGUAUUUGUAACACCUGUAAGAGAAAACACCCAACAUGUUUACAUGAAGAACGAGACAAAGAGUUCAGAAGAAAUAAGGACUGUGAUAAAGAACAAAGGGAAGUCAAAGAAAGCAAAGAACAAGGUAAAGAAACAUCAAGUGAAGCAAUCUCAAACCGUGUCAUACAAGGUGAUAAGACCGAUCUUACAUCUACAAUGAUUCCAGUUUGGUUAUCCACAGCAAGCAAACCAGACCAGGAAAUGCUAGUACACGCCCUUCUGGAUAGUCAAAGCGACACUACAUUUGUUCUCAAAGAAAAGGCAGAUGCUCUGGACACAGAAAAAAGAGAUGUACAGUUAAAGCUCUCUACAUUGUCAUCUAAAGAUUCUGUUGUUCCAAGUCAAAGGCUCUCAGGGCUACAAAUCAGAGGUUUUUACUCUUCAAAGAGAAUCCCUCUUCCUAUGACAUAUACUAGAGAAUUUAUUCCUGCCAAUUUAAGCCAUAUCCCCACCCCAAAGACAGCAAGAGCAUGGCCUCACCUGGAGUACCUUGCUGAAGAGAUUGCCCCUUUGAUUGAAUGCGAUGUUGCUUUGUUAAUAGGUUAUAACUGUUCACAAGCAUUGGUACCAAGAGAAGUUGUCUCAGGAAAGGACAAUGAGCCCUUUGCUCAAAAGACAGACCUCGGCUGGACAAUAGUCAGAGGUGUCGAUCAUUGUGUUGACUAUGGAGACAUUAUUGGAUGUAGUCACAGGAUAAUUGUCAAGGAAGUGACACCCAAUCCACCAUCUGAUCAGCUAUCUAAAGAGGUGCACUUUAUUUGUCACACUCAGGUCAAAGAGGUUUUCAUGCCAUCAGAUGUUAUUAAAGUUCUCGAAUCUGAUUUUAAUGAAAGGAAAGUGGAAGAUUCUCAUCUCUCUCAAGAGGAUUUACGCUUUAUUUCCAUAAUGGAGGAUGGAGUGAAAAUUCAAGAAGAUGGACAUUGUGAGCUACCUUUACCAUUUAAGGAAGAUAGACCGAUUCUACCAAACAACAAGAGCUGUGCAGAACACAGACUCAAGUGUCUCAAGAAGAGAUUUGGAAAGGAUAAACAAUAUCACAGUGACUAUGUGAAGUUUAUGAAUGAAACAAUAGAGUGUGGAGAUACAGUAAAAUCUCAAGAUCUUGCACUUGGUGAGCAACAGACGGACAGAGCUCUAGGUAUUAAGUGGUGUGUUGCCUCUGAUCAUUUCCAGUUUCAAGUAGUUGUGAAGGAGCACCCACUUUCCAGAAGAGGAGUGUUGUCGACUGUGGCCUCCAUCUUCGACCCACUUGGACUUGUGGCGCCUUUCGUUUUACUCGGCAAGCAAAUAUUACAGCAGAUGUGUCGUGACAAGGCAGAUUGGGAUACACCACUCUCAAGUGAACUCAAGCCACGGUGGGAGUCCUGGCUGUCAGAUGUCAAGAACCUUGCAGAUGUUAAAAUCGAUCGUUGUUACCUUCCUAAUGAUUUCAAAGCAGUUCAGAAGUAUGAACUCCACUAUUUUUCAGAUGCAAGUGUCACAGCAGUUUAUCCAAGUGAAGAUGGAUGUGUGCGGAAGGUGCAGUUAUUGGUCAGUGACUCUACAUUAGAUUGCCAUGGAAAAAGACUCGCCAAACAAAUACACUUAGACAGGCCUAUACAUAAGACAGUCACAUUGUUAGAAGCAGGAUAGACCCACUCAUGAGUUUAUAAUAGAAAUCACAAGUGAUUUGGUGGGAGUGUAGCUGCUGUCAAGGCAACUGCAUCUGGUUUGUUGUUUUUUGUUAUUUGAUUUAAGUAGCAAUAGUUAAAUUUUAUUUAAUAUAAAACAUUAAGUUUGAAUGUGUAAUGGUUUCCGGUGGAUUUGUGUUUAUACUCAUUAGGUUCAGUUUAGUGUACAUUCAAGUGUGGGGGGGACCUUUUAUUUUGUUCCGCGGACCAUGUGUUGCCCGGGAAAACAUUGGCUGGCGCACUUAGAGCCACAUGGGCUUCAAGCUGAAGAAGCUGGUCACUUGAGCUAAGUUUAUUCCUCUGGAGUCAAUGCGGCUAAUGAGGUACAGUUUGUUUAUUUGUAUCUUUUAUUUAUCUACGUACGCCAUUUAUUGUGAAUUAAUUUGGGUUUGUGUUACCUUUGUUUUAGUUCUGACGGCAUUUUUGGGGACCUUGUAAAACGUGUCCACAAUAAAUGGCUGUUGACACCGAAGAACUGCGUUAAGCUUUUAUUAACUCGAGAGGAG